AGGAAUGUUUACCAGACACGGAGAGAGCCCAGAGGGACAGCGCCCAGAGCCGGGAGAGAGAGCCACACAGCCUCCCUGCCUCGCUGGCCCAGGAUUUGGGGUGCAGUCCUUGGAGCCCCUUCCCCCUCCUAGGCCUCCCUCCGGGGCCCCUUUAAGACAGGGCUGGUCCUCUCCUCCCCGAGUUAACCCCUCCAAGCCCAGGUGGCCCCCUGGGCUCCGGCUGGUGGGCGGAGGCAGAGGGGGAGCCAGGGGCGGGGAAAGGGUUGCCCAAAGUCUGGGAGAGACAGUAGGAGGCUGGGGAGCAAGGAAGGAGGCCGCUGAGCAGAGUGCGGGGGGGGCCCAGCCGUGGCAGGCGGGCCGUGCCAAGUCCAGGGAGCCCGGAGCUGGGGAGGAGGGCUGGGGACAGCCCGGCCCUGCCCCCUCCCCCGCAGGGUGCCCAGCAACUUCUGAGGAAAGUUUGGCAUCGUUUGUGUGGUGCCCCGAGGAUGGGCAGGGUCCCGCUGGCCUGGUGCUUGGCGCUGUGCUGCUGGGGAUGCGUGGCCCCCAAGGGACCACAGGCUGAGACAGACCCCUUUGUGGGGAGUCCAAGGAACAUCACUGGUGCCCGGGGACUCAUGGGGGCCCUUCGGUGCGAACUCCAGGUUCAGGGGGAGCCCCCUGAAGUGACCUGGCUUCGGGACGGACAGGCGCUAGAGCUGGCAGACAGUACCCAGACCCAGGUGCCCCUGGGUGAAGACGGGCAGGAUGACUGGAAAGUGGUCAGCCAACUCAGAAUCUCCUCCCUGCAGCUCUCAGACGCGGGGUGGUACCAGUGUGCGGUGGUCCUGGGAGGAAAGACCUUUGUGUCCCAGCCUGGCUACGUUGGGCUGGAGGGCCUGCCUUACUUCCUGGAGGAGCCUGAGGACAGGACUGUGGCCGCCAACACCCCCUUCAAUCUGAGCUGCCGGGCGCAGGGACCCCCAGAGCCUGUGGACCUUCUCUGGCUCCAGGAUGCGGUCCCCCUGACUCUGGCCAUGAGCCAUGGCCCCCAGCAAAUGCUUAGAAUUCCAGGCUUGAACAAGACAUCUUCUUUCUCCUGCGAAGCCCAUAACGCCAAGGGGGUCACCACGUCCCGCACGGCCACCAUCACAGUGCUCCCCCAGCGGCCCCGUGACCUCCACCUGGUUUCCCGCCAGCCCACAGAGCUAGAGGUGGCUUGGACCCCAGGCCUGAGCGGCAUCUACCCCCUCACGCACUGCACCCUGCAGGCCGUGCUGUCAGAUGACGGGGUGGGCGUCUGGCUGGGAGAGCCAGACCCUCCAGAGGAGCCUGUCACCUUGCAGGCGUCAGUUCCCCCUCACCACCUUCGACUGGGCAGCCUCCGUCCUCACACUCCUUACCACAUCCGGGUCGCCUGUACCAGUAGCCAGGGCCCCUCACCCUGGACCCACUGGCUUCCUGUGGAGACACCGGAGGGAGUGCCCCUGGGCCCCCCCGAGAAUGUCAGCGCCAUGAGGAAUGGGAGCCAAGCCCUGGUGCGCUGGCAGGAGCCAAGGGCGCCCCUGCAGGGCACCCUAUUGGGGUACCGGCUGGCCUACCGAGGCCAGGACACCCCCGAGGUGCUCAUGGACAUAGGGCUAAAAAGAGAGGUGAUCCUGGAGCUGCGGGGGGAUGGGACUGUGCCCAACCUGACAGUGUGUGUGGCAGCCUACACUGCCGCUGGUGAUGGACCCUGGAGCCUCCCUGUGCCCCUGGAGCCCUGGCGUCCAGGACAAGGACAACCAGUUCACCAGCUGGUGAGUGAGCCCCCCGCCCCUGCCUUCUCAUGGCCCUGGUGGUACGUACUGCUGGGAGCCGUUGUGGCCGCUGGUUGCGUCCUCAUCUUGGCUCUGUUCCUCGUCCACCGCCGGAGGAAGGAGACCCGCUACGGAGAGGUGUUUGAACCAACGGUGGAAAGGGGUGAGCUGGUGGUCAGAUACCGUGUUCGCAAGUCCUACAGUCGCCGGACCACUGAAGCCACCUUGAACAGCCUGGGCAUCAGCGAAGAGCUGAAAGAGAAGCUUCGGGAUGUGAUGGUAGACCGGCAUAAGGUAGCCCUGGGCAAGACACUGGGAGAAGGAGAAUUUGGAGCCGUGAUGGAGGGCCAGCUCAACCAGGAUGACUCCAUCCUCAAGGUGGCUGUGAAAACAAUGAAGAUUGCUAUCUGUACAAGGUCGGAGCUGGAGGAUUUCCUGAGUGAAGCCGUCUGCAUGAAGGAAUUUGACCACCCCAACGUCAUGAGGCUCAUUGGCGUCUGUUUCCAGGGUUCUGAACGAGAGGGCUUCCCAGCACCCGUGGUCAUCUUACCUUUCAUGAAACAUGGAGACCUGCACAGUUUCCUUCUCUAUUCCCGGCUUGGGGACCAGCCAGUGUUCCUGCCCACUCAGAUGCUGGUGAAGUUCAUGGCAGACAUCGCCAGUGGCAUGGAGUAUCUGAGUACAAAGAGAUUCAUACACCGAGACCUGGCUGCCAGGAACUGCAUGCUGAAUGAGAACAUGUCCGUGUGUGUGGCGGACUUCGGGCUGUCCAAGAAGAUCUACAAUGGGGACUACUACCGCCAGGGACGCAUUGCCAAGAUGCCCGUCAAGUGGAUCGCCAUUGAGAGCCUGGCUGAUCGUGUCUACACCAGCAAGAGCGAUGUGUGGUCCUUUGGGGUGACGAUGUGGGAGAUUGCCACGCGGGGCCAGACCCCAUAUCCCGGAGUGGAGAACAGCGAGAUUUACGACUACCUGUGCCAGGGAAACAGGCUGAAGCAGCCUGUGGGCUGUCUGGAUGGACUGUAUGCCCUAAUGUCCCAGUGCUGGGAGCUAAACCCCCGGGACCGGCCGAGUUUCUCAGAGCUUCGGGAAGAUCUGGAGAAGACGCUGAAGGCCCUGCCCCCUGCCCAGGAGCCGGACGAGAUCCUCUAUGUCAACAUGGAUGAGGGCGGGGGUCAUCCUGAACCACUUGGAGCUGCUGGAGGAGCUGACCCCCCAGCCCAGCCUGACCCUAAGGAUUCCUGCAGUUGCCUCACCGCGGCUGAGGUCCAUCCCGCUGGACGCUACGUCCUCUGCCCUUCUACAGCCCCUGGCCCCACCCUGCCCACUGACAGGAGCUCCCCUCCUCCCCCAGGGCAGGAGGAUGGAGCCUGAGACAACGCUCUACCUGGGACUCCCUCUCAGGACCCAAGCUAGGCACUGCCACUGGGGGGGGGGCCUCCCCCCAACUCUUUCCCCACUCCAGGCCUCACCCCCGACUACAGCCUCUUCUUCCUACCUAUUCUACUUAUACCCCCAGACAGAUUCUCUCUCUUCUCCAUGCCUCAGUGUCCCCGUGUGUAAAAGGAAGGGGUUGGGCUGCGAUUCCUGGGGUUCCUCCCGGGUCUAACAUUCCAAGAUUCUAGAUUCUAAGGUUGAAAGAGUCUAGAAGCAAAGGUUCGAGGUUUCAAAGAUGCUCUUAGUCUUUGGCUCUAAGAACCUAAAAUCCCAAAGUUUCUGAUUCUAAAGUGCUAAGGUUCCAGACAUGAAGUUUCGAGGCCUAUAUUUUAAGGCCCUCAGAGUCUGUGGCUUGAGAUUUUUCUGGUUCUAGAAUUCUUGAUACAGCCCACCAAGAUUUUAGGUUCUGAAGCUCUAAGAUUCUAGUUCUAGAAUCCAUGGCUCUAUCAUUCUAGAUUUUGUUAUUCGAGGGUUCUGAGUCCUUAGGGUAUAAGAUUCUAGAUUCUACAAUUCUAGACACGGAGGUUUUUUGAGGCCUAAUGUUCUAAAAUUUGAAGUUCUAAGCCUCUUAGUCUGUAAAUCCUCAGCCUCUAAGAUUCUACAUCAUAAGUCUUCAAGAUUUUAUCUUCUCAAGUUCUAAGAUUCUAAUAAUGGUUAAUUAUAAGUGCUAAGGCUUUAUGAUCCUUGAAAUUCUUUAUUAUGAGAUAUGAGAUUCUGGAUCCUAAAGAUUGAAGAGUCUAGAAUCUGCAAUUCAAAAAUUUCAAGAGUGUAAAGAUAGAGGUUGAAAGGUCUAAUGUUCUAAGAUGGGAUGUUCUAAGACUUAGUCUAAGAACCUAGAUUCUGUGUCUAAGAUUCUAGACCAUAUGCUUCAAGAUUCUAGAUUAUUAAACUCUAAGAUUCUAAUGUUGUUCUGUUCUAUGUUCCAAGACACCCUAGACUCUAUUGGGCCAAAAUUCUGGAUCCUUAGCAUCUAAGGUAUAAGACUACAGUUAGCUGUGACUAGCUAGAUACCAAAGAUCUAAUCAUUUCUAAUGCUGGACACAUUUAGGUUCUAUGCUGCAUUCCACCUUUCUAGGAUUUUAGUUAAGGGCCCAAGAAUCCACAGUUUUAAGUCUUAAGAUCUGAGGCACUGUAGUUCUAUGAUUCAAAUGUUGUCAGAUUCUAAAGGUCUACAGGUCUUGAAUUCCAAGGUAUGAUGCCAAGGUUCUAAUUUUAGAUUAUUCUUCUGGGUGACUCUCCCCUUCUGAGCCACCUCUGCUUCCUCCUUCCCUCCUGUGGGGGUAUGUCUCCCCUCAAGCCUGUGCAAGAAUGCACUGGGGAUGCCUCCUUUCCCCAGGAGGCAGUUUCCCUCCUUUUGGGCCAUGCUGCCCCACUGAGCCAAUCCCUCAAGCCCCCCCAUUGUGCAGAGCUGUGGACGGACUCUGGCACCUCCAGAGGGGCUCAGAUCACAUAAAACUUUAUAACCACC